UGGUGGGCGCCACCUCAAGUCAUUGUGCCAAAAACGGUUGCGCCUGAACAUCCGGACUACAAACUACCGUCUGGAAGAUUAUAUUAGACACAGGGAUGUUGACAGACGUUCCUCCACGGGUCUUUCUUCCGCAAAUUUGCACUGUCUCCAUCUUGUUUAUGAUAUGUUCUUCGAUUUUCUUCAAAAACAGAAGCUUGCCAAGAUCAUCAAACUCCAACGUGACCAAGCUGCUCUUCCCAUGGCUGCCUAUCGGGUUCCUUUGCUUAGCCACCUGGCCACACAUCAGGUGGUUGUGGUUGCGGGAGAUACAGGUUGCGGGAAGUCCACUCAAGUCCCACAAUAUCUUCACAACGGUGAUCUGGAUUCCAACGAUCAACCAUGCGGACGCGGUUACAAACACAUUGCAGUGACCCAACCACGUCGCAUAGCUUGUAUCAGUCUGGCUUCGCGUGUCAGCACAGAGCUGCUCAAUGAAUGUGGUUCAAAAGUCGGGUAUCAGGUUCGCUUCGAACGCUCCCGUACUAAAGCAACCCAAAUAUUAUUCCUCACCGAAGGCUUGCUACUUCGACAAAUGCAGUUGGAUCCAUUUUUGAAGGAGUACGAUGCUCUGGUUUUGGAUGAGGUUCAUGAACGGCAUUGGCAAACUGACUGUCUUUUGGGUUUGGUCAAAUGUUUGGUCGCUGCUCGUCCGGAACUACGAGUGGUCCUCAUGUCGGCUACGAUCAAUGUCAAACUGUUCUCGUCAUUCUUCGGAAAUUGUCCAAUACUCGAGGUUCCUGGUCGAUUAUUCCCAAUAGACUUGAAAUAUAUCCCUCCAACUCCAUCUGAAAUUGCCCAGUCCAGUGAUCGAUUGGACCCCAGUCCUUACAUCCGACUGUUACAGCGAAUCGAUGCAAAAUAUCUGGCCACCGAACGAGGAGACUUGUUAGUGUUCUUACCCGGAAUGGCUGAGAUACAGGCUGUCAUGGAGCCAGCCAAAGCUUACGCAGAGCAAACGAAGCGCUGGAUCAUUUUGCCACUGCACAGCACACUAUCCGCUCGUGACCAAGAGAAAGUUUUCCAUGUGGCACCGGAUGGUGUUCGAAAGUGUGUCCUGUCGACAAACAUUGCUGAGACAUCCUUGACGAUUGACGGUAUACGGUAUGUUAAUUUUGGGUCGGGACUGUUCAAACCCAGUAAUAUUCUAUCAGUUUGA